AAUAUCAACAUUACAAAAAAAAUGCAAGGAAGUGAAAAGCUGUAUGAAAAUGUAAACAAAAAGUGACAUGGGCCUGUUUUCAUUUGGAGUUGGAUUCAUUUCUGGCUAUAUUUUUCGAAAUACAAAUGCUGGUUCACAGCUAGGAAAUAAACUGUUUGCCGCUUACAAGCUACUUAAAGGUGGAAAUGUGACAGAAUAUAAACUCGUUCUUGUUGUGAGGGAUGACUUAAAAAUGGGACAAGGAAAAAUUGCUGCCCAGUGCUCACAUGCAUCUGUCCUGGCAUACAAAAAUGCAUUGCUGCAUGAUCCUGAUGCUGCAAAUAUAUGGGAAGCUAUUGGUCAAGCAAAAGUUGUACUAAAAACCACUGGUGAAAGAAAUCUAUUAGAUUUAUAUGAAACUGCUAAAAAAUCUGGAAUCCCUGCUAGCCUUGUUUGUGACAGUGGCAGAACUGAAGUGUCCCCUGGUACCAAAACAGUUAUUGCCAUAGGACCUGGUUCAAGCACAGCUAUUAACAAAAUUACAGGCCAUCUAAAGUUGUUAUGAUUUUUAUAAAAUGUUUUAUAACUUGAUGAAAUUUUUAAAAAUAUAACUUGCCAUUGUAAGAGAAAAUGUUUCAAUCAUAAUCAUUUUUUUUAACAUUAGAUUUAUUAAACUGUGGUUUAAAAACC